GCAGGAGAGAAGGAGAGAAGGAGAGAAGGAAGGAGAGAAGGAAGGAAGGACUGAAGGAGGGACUGAAGGAGGGACUCUUCGUCUGCUGUUACUUUCUCACUCGUGUCUGUGUCUGACGGAGACCGAAGUCGAAGGAAACCGAGUUGAACGUUUGCUUUGUUCCGCUCGAAGAUGGCAUCAAACGACUCGCGGCUCCAGCAGCAGCCCUCUCAGAAGGAUGCGGCCGACCAGAACUUCGACUACAUGUUCAAACUGCUCAUCAUUGGUAACAGCAGCGUGGGAAAAACCUCCUUUCUAUUCCGCUACGCCGACGACUCCUUCACGUCGGCCUUUGUUAGCACCGUGGGCAUCGACUUCAAAGUCAAGACUGUCUUUCGAAACGACAAAAGGAUCAAGUUGCAGAUCUGGGACACAGCAGGUCAGGAGCGGUACCGCACCAUCACCACGGCCUACUACAGAGGAGCCAUGGGCUUCCUGCUCAUGUAUGACAUCACCAACCAGGACUCCUUCAGUGCAGUGCAGGACUGGGCGACGCAGAUCAAGACGUACUCCUGGGACAACGCUCAGGUGAUCCUCGUAGGAAACAAGUGUGACCUGGAGGACGACCGGCUGGUACCGACGGAGGACGGACAGAGGCUGUCGGAGGACCUGGGCUUCCAGUUUUUUGAGGCCAGCGCCAAAGACAACGUCAACGUGAAGCAGGUGUUUGAGCGACUGGUGGACGUCAUCUGUGAGAAGAUGAGCCAGAGUCUGGAGGGAGAGGCCGACCUGGUGUCCAACCACCGGGGCCAGGCCCUGAAAGACUCACCCUCAGACAGCCAGGGGGGCUGUGCCUGUUAGACCCCCCCCCUCCCACACACACACACACACACACACACACACACCUCUCAGCCGUGGAGGCCGCUUCACUCUCUGCUUCUUCUUCUUCUUCUUCUUCUUCUCUUAAUGUUUCAGGAUUUAAAAAAAGAAGGUGUCAGAAUCACAGUGUGUGAGAUUGUUAGGAGUUGAGAAAACAUUUCGUUUCUGUGAUCACUGGUUGAUUUGCAUUAGAUAUAAGUCUGCAGUUUGCACUCUGUGAAAUCUGAAAUUCUAUUGUGUGAGUGUGUGUGUGUGAGUGAGAGCAAGUGAGCGUAUGCAUGUGUGCCAGACAAUGACAAAAGCUUAUUAAAAUGAAUUGCACAGG